CUUGGUUGCGUCACAAGCUGGCGCCGGAAGUGGGGUGCGUACGACAAGGUGCUGCAGUCUGUUCGGAAUCGCAGCGAGGCGAGUGUGUCGGUGCUCAGGAUUCACAAUGGACACCCAGAAGGACGUCCAACCCCCAAAGCAGCAGCCAAUGAUCUACAUCUGUGGAGAAUGUCACGCAGAAAAUGAAAUAAAAUCCAGGGAUCCAAUCAGAUGCAGAGAAUGUGGAUACAGAAUAAUGUACAAGAAAAGGACUAAAAGAUUGGUGGUUUUUGAUGCUCGAUGAAACAGAAUUCAGAAGAAUAUCUUUGUUUGCAUUUGGAUUUGCUGUUAUUGUUGUAUAGUUUCUGAUGAGUGUACUUACCUUUAUGAAUACAGCUAUAUACACAUGAUUUCAUUUUAAAAAUGAUAUUGUAUUUAGGUGUCUAUUAUAAAGAUUGUUUUUUGUUCAGUUCCA